AUGGAUAAUAAUCCGCCGCAAGUGGUGGUGGUGUCGCCCGCGCCGUCGAGGAUUCCUCCUGGCAGUUGCCCAAUGUGCUAUAAUACGAAUUGGUCGACAACAUUCACGUGCUGCGGCUGGUGCUGGCUGUUCCUGUGCUUCCCCUUCGGCAUCAUUUGCUGUUGCUGCUUGAGGAAGAAGAAAUGCUCGAAAUGCGGCUUCAUGGUUAACUAA